GAAUCGUUCAUGACGACACAUCACUACUUUUAUUGGGAUCAAAGGUUUUCCGUCGCAUAGCCUGAAUGUGUUUGCAGAUUCUGAAGAAGUUGAUGAGAAACAUAAAUGUUUGAAGUUGGACGAAGCUGAAGACUUCACAGGUCACAAUGAAGACUCUGGUGUUUGUGUCUCUCGUGGGAUUAUUCCUCCACGACACGACGGCAGAGAUGCACUCUCUGAAGUAUUUCUACACGGCGUCUUCUGAAGUCCCAAACUUCCCAGAGUUUGUGGCUGUUGGGAUGGUUGAUGAUUUUCAGAUAAAUUACUACGACAGUAACACCAAGAGAGUAGAACCCAAACAGGACUGGAUGAAGAAAGUCACAGAUGAUGAUGCUGAAUACUUGGAGAGGAACACUGGUAACUUUGUGGGUCACCAGCAGACCUUCAAAGUCAACCUUGACAUUUUAAAGCGGCGCUUCAACCAAACUGGAGGUGUUCACAUUGUCCAGGUGAUGGAAGGCUGUGAGUGGGAUGAUAAGACUGGUGAGGUUAAUGGUUAUUAUCAGCAUGGUUAUGAUGGAGAAGACUUCAUAGUUCUGGACCUGAAGACAAUGACGUGGGUCGCUGCACAACAACAGGCUGUCGUCACCAAACAGAAGUGGGAUAAAGACAAAGCUCUGUUAGAGUAUAAUAAGUACUACCUCACCAAGAUUUGUGUUCACUGGCUGAAGAAGUUUGUGAACUAUGGGAGGAGCUCUCUGAUGAGAACAGACCUCCCCACAGUGUCUCUCCUCCAGAAGACUCCCUCCUCUCGGGUCACCUGCCACGCUACAGGUUUCUACCCCAACAGAGCCAUGAUGUUCUGGAGGAAAGAUGGAGAGGAGCUUCACGAGGACGUGGACAAGGGAGAGAUCCUCCCCAACCACGACGGCUCCUUCCAGAUCAGCGCUGACCUUCAACUGCCCUCUGAUGACUGGGGGAAGUACGACUGUGUGUUUCAGCUCUCUGGUGUGAAGGAGGACAUCGUCACCAAACUGGACAAACGAGAGAUCAAGACCAACUACGUGAAUCCCAUCUACAUGAUCAUUGUCAUCAUUGCUGUUGUUCUCCUUCUUGUAACCAUCGUCUGUCUGGCUGGAUUCUGCCUGUAUAAGAAGAGAAAUGGUGAGAGAGCAAAGUGGAAACAUUCAAACAUGUUUUUUAUAUUUACAUCUGGUGAAUAGUUCUCUUGAGGGGACCUUAAAUAACCUUCAAUGAAAUAAAUCUAGAACAAUCUUUUUUUUUCUGUUUCAGCCAAACGCCCUCCAUCCGUAAGUAGAACUUGAUUUUAUUAUAUUAAGUUUGACCUUAAAUGAACUCUGUAAAUGAAAAAGGGUUUCUGGAGUGUUUUCUGGUGUAAAUGAUGGUUUCAGAGUCGGAUGUGUGCUAACAUUGUGUUUCUGAUCUUACAGCGGUAAACGACCCGGCUGUGCAACAAAUGAUGCUUCCAAAUCAAAAUACCUAAAGACAAAGAGAGGACCCUGAACCCAGUUUACGGGUACGUUCUGCACUGAAACAAGGAGCAGACCGACACGCUCUCCUCAGAAUUCAUUGGCUCUCAUCGUAUCAGACAUGAAGUGAUCAGAGUUAGGAAUUUAAAUUUAAAUCUUUGAAAUACAAAGAAAACGAGUUUGAAAAAGAGUUGACAAAUACUUUACAAAUCUUGAUGAUUUUUUUUUUGUCACCUGGAGAGAAGAGAAUCAGAAGAUGAAUCUAUGACGGCAUCACGCCGCUCUUCAUGUGUUGAAGAAAGAUUUGUGUGUUGAUCUAAAAUCCAUCAUAGUUGGAUUUUUCUACUUCUGGUGUUCGGAGCUUUGUGCUAAAACAAAUGUUGGACAGGGACACGGACACACACACGCUAUUUGAGCCUUUACUGUAGAGAUAGGACAGAGGAUAGAGUCUGAAAUCAGGGAGAGAGAG